GAAACCGAAGAAGUAUAUGAUAGAAUACUACAAUUACGAAUGUCAUCCCAAGCAGCAAGAUGAGUUAACGGCCACAAAUGGCUUCUUCCUUCAACACACUACAACGGCGGGAACUUCUCUCUCAUACUCUCUGUAAGUCUUUCUCUACUUCCUCAAUUCCCCAAUCCCACCAUUCUUUUGCAUUUUCAUCUCCCAAACAUGCCCUUCCUCCAUUCAAGUUAUCUCCUUUCUUUUUGGUUAAUGCUCCUGUGACUGUCAUUAGCCCUGUUAAUUCUAAAUCUUCCUCUAGAUUGGACUGUAAUUCUUCAACUGAAACUGUAGAUUUUAGAGAUUUUAGUGAUAAUUUGGGUUCUGGGUAUUCAUCUUCUGUCCAAAAGGGUGAAAAAAAUGGGGGAGGGUUUGUAGAUUAUGGCAAGAAUAAUAGGAAUUCUGGUGGGAAAUUGAAUUUUAGGAAAAGAAGUGAAAAUGGGUCUGAAAUUUCUUCUGCUAAGAGGGGAAGUAGAAAGUGGGAGAGAAAAAUGGAGGAGAUUGUGGGAAAAGUUGCUAUAAAUAGUAAUGUGGAGGAUGUUAAGGGAGAUAAUAGUGGUUUUGAAAAAAAGGGUCAAAAGGGUUCUGGGGUUUCUUCUAGAAGUGUUAGAGAUGCUAAUUCGAUGUCGAAAGUUGUUAAUAGAAGUGUAGAUAGAGGUGCCAUUAGAGAUGGUGGUGAUGCUUCUAAGGUAAAGAAAAAGGAGAAAUUGUCUAAGAAGUGUAUUGUUAAUUCACCAGAGUUUCAUAUGAGGAAUAGCUUGGACAUGUGCUCCAAAAGGGGUGAUGUCUUGGGUGCAAUUUCGCUGUAUGAUUCGGCAGUUAAGCAAGGGAUAAAGAUGGGGCAGUACCAUUAUACUGUGCUCUUGUAUCUGUGUUCUAGUGCUGCAAUGGGGGUUGUUCGACCGGCUAAAAGUGGUAGUGGCAGUAGGAGUUUAGAUGCAGUUCCCUCUCAAAAGUUAGAUGGGACAAAUGACUCUGGUGAGGAGGAAGACGAUGAUAUAGAUGAUGAAGCUCGAGAUAGAAAGGAUCAAACUCAAAAGUUAGAAGUAAAUGAGAUUAGGGUAAGUGAUGAUGUAAGGAAGUUUGCCCGUAAAAAAGGGUUUGAAAUUUAUGAGAGAAUGUGCUUGGAUAAGGUGCAGAUGAAUGAGGCUGCUUUGACUUCAGUUGCUAGAAUGGCAAUGGGCGUGGGUGACGGAGACAAGGCUUUUGAUAUGGUAAAGGAGAUGAUUUCAAUUGGGAUAACCCCAAAAUUGAGGUCUUAUGGUCCUGCUUUAUCUGUUUUCACCAGCAAUGGAGAUAUUGAGAAAGCCUUUGCAGUUGAAAAACACAUGUUGGAGAAUGGAGUUUAUCCAGAAGAGCCUGAACUGGAGGCCCUUCUUAGAGUAAGUAUUGAAGCUGGUAAAGCUGACCGAGUGUAUUAUGUGUUGCAUAAGCUUAGAACAGUGGUGAGGUAUGUCUCACCUUCUACUGCAGAUUUGAUUGAAAAAUGGUUUAAUAGCAAACAAGCAUCGAGAAUUGGGAAAAGAAAGUGGGAUCAUGAUAUGAUUACUCAAACAAUGGAAAAUGUUGGUGGUGGGUGGCAUGGGAAAGGAUGGUUAGGUAGAGGAAAAUGGAGUGUCUCACGAACUUCCAUCGGAGUUGAUGGUUUAUGUAGAUGUUGCGGGGAAAAGUUGGCCUUGAUUGACCUUGAUCCUGAUGAAACAGAGAGGUUUGCUGAAUCAGUUGCAGCUAUAGCAGCAAAGAGAGAGAAGCAUUCUAGCUUCCAAAAUUUUCAAAGGUGGCUAGACUACUAUGGUCCAUUUGAGGCUGUAGUGGAUGCAGCUAAUGUCGGUCUCUUCAGUCAGAGAAACUUCCAACCUGGGAAGGUAAAUGCUAUUGUGAAUGGGUUGCGCCAAAUGCUUCCUUCUAGAAAGUGGCCACUCAUCGUUCUGCACAAUAGGCGAGUUACUGGAAGCAAGCUAGAUAAACCUAUGAAUAAGGAAUAUGUUGAAAAAUGGAAAAAUGCUGAUGCACUUUAUGCGACACCAACUGGAUCAAAUGAUGAUUGGUACUGGUUGUAUGCAGCUAUAAAGUUUAAGUGUCUACUUGUGACUAAUGACGAGAUGAGAGACCAUACAUUCCAGCUCCUAGGAAAUGACUUCUUUCCUAAAUGGAAAGAAAGGCACCAGGUUCGGUUUAGCUUCUCAGAAAUUGGCCCUAUUUUUCACAUGCCACCACCAUGUUCUGUUGUUAUCCAGGAAUCAGGGAGCGGCCACUGGCAUAUUCCCAUUGCUUCAGAGCACCAAUAUGAAGAGGAUAGAACAUGGUUGUGUGCCACACGCCCAAACUCUCAUAUCGGAAGCCAGAGUCACAUAGUUGGAGCAAAUUCAGCAGAAGAUUCCAAAGAGGAUAUCAAAGACCAAAGGCAAUAGAGUAGCUCAAAUUCUUACUCUUCUCAACAGGUUAAAGCUCCAUUAGCAGCUUUUUGUAAGAAGGUUACUGACAAGUAGUUCCUGUAAGUCACAGAGAUCUCAGAAAUACGCUAUCAGGAUCUUCAUCAUCAAAAUAAGACCAUCUCCCAUUCUUGAAUGCUAUAAAGGCUGCUGAGAAUCGUGCUGGGCAUGUGAUAGAUUUUCAGAUAAGACAUGAUAUAACCUAACAUGAUUACUCUUCACAUUUUGGAAAACUGCUUACUCAAACUCAGCAAUCUUAUGCUCUUAUGAAGCUAAAAGUUUUGCUGAUGAAUUUGGUAUGGAGAAAUAUUACUUGUCCUUGCUCUCUGGUUUGGCAACCGCCAAUUCCUGAUGCUGUGCUAGAUUGAAGCUUCUUACAUUCUAGGUUAUUGGCGAACACAUGUUUUAGGAUUGUGGAAAUAGCAUCUUAGUGUCAUUACAUGAGUUAGCUCAAGGAACUGUAAAUUUCAGCAGCUGCUCUUCUUUUUCUAUCAAUAUAUAUUGGAGAAUCUUAUUGGAUUUCUCUCCAAAGUUUAU